AUGAACUUUGAAAAAGAGAUUACAGUUCAGGUAAGUGUUAUGGAAUCCAAAGAGAUAGAUCUCCUGAAGAAGGAGAAGCCGAGGAAGAGAAGACAAAGGGCCGACGAAUAUGACUAUAACGACCCGUUCAUAGAACCUUUUGAGGGAGAGACACAGAUGGUGAUGAUAGAGUGUAAACUAGAGGAUUUCUUUGUAUAUAAGGGAAGACUACCAUACAGCGCCAAGAAAGUGUUGAGUGUACACAAGGCAAGGGAACGAUCCAAGCUCUUGAAAUCAGGUACUGGGUCUCUCGAUAAAGGAAAUGAUGUAAAGAAGGAGAGGUCUAAGGGAAAAUUGUCUAAUACGAAAACAUUGGCCUCAAAGAGGAAAUAUGGAAAGAUUCCCAAAAACGACACUAAGAUCUGCGACUGCCUGGCAAGUCUUAUAAAGUCUGGGAUCGAGAAGCUAGAAAGGCCAAUUCAACCUGGGGAUUGCAAGACAGAGUACUAUGUGUCUCUAAUGGUACUUGAGAUCUUCCAGAAAGAAAGGGAACUCGACUGGGGGUUGCCGGGCCUGGAUUCGGCCGAGAAGCCAUCGGAUGAGGAAGCAAACAAAUAUGUAAAGGAUUGCGAGAACAAAAUGGAAGGGGUGUUCAGUGCAAUUGCAGAAGACAUUCGGAGUUAUCAUCUUUAUUCCGAGGACCUUUCCUUAUUUAAAGGUUUCCAGAAAGAGGGUUUUCUAUUCAACGUCAGUGAGUACUUUUUACUUUUUAUUAAGACCUCACUUAUGAAUCAGAAGAGUAUCUCUUUUAAUAAGGCAAGAAAAGAAGCAUACAAUAAUAUUCUUGAUCUCUUUCCUAACACAUGCAAAAAUUCUACGCAGACCAAGUACUAUCUCACCAAAUAUAUCUUGCAAACCCAUGGAGGAAAGGAUCUUAUCGGAGAUAGUGACAGAGAACAUGGAGAGAAGGAUGAAAAAUGUAUCACGCCUUCAGAUUUGGAAAGGGUUGAAUAG